GUUCGACUUGCGUACUGAGUUGACGUCGCCACACAACGGAAUAAUAUUCAAAAAACAGUAAAAUAUCCCAAACAGCUAAUCAAAAAAAUAUCCCAUCUCGUGAGUGAGUGAUUCCAAUAACAAAAUAGUGAUUCGAAUUAUUAUCGAUAUCUCAUUUGUGUGUGAUUGUUCCGCUGAAACACACAUCACCAGCUUAGUGAUAACUGUAAAAAUUGACAAAGCAAAAUAUAACUUUAGCCAAAACUUCAGAAAAUGUGCAAUCAAUAAAAUAUUGGCUAGCAAGUGGAGAAGACAAAAGCUUUAUAGAGGGAUUUUAAAUCGGACAAAAGAUUACGAAGAAGGAUUAUAGUUACAAGAAAGCUUAUCUUAUUUAACCUCAAAAAUGGUUUCGCACUACUACAAUACACUGCCCUACACGCAAAAGCAUAGUGCUGCUAAUUUGGCCUAUACCUCGGCUGCGGGUCCACCCUGGAACUGGACCACUAACUACCAUCACACGCCGCCAAACCAUCAGUAUCUGGGCGAUGUGGACUCAUCGCAUGCCGCCCAUCAUGCGGCCGCUGCCCAUCAGAUGUACUAUAACUCUCAUCACAUGUUCCAUUCGGCGGCGGCGGCCAGUGCCGGAGAUUGGCAUUCACCAGCCUCAAGUACCGCGGAUAACUUUGCCCAGAAUGUGCCGACAUCGGCGCACCAACUGAUGCAGCAGCAUCAUCAUCACCAUACCCAUGCCUCGAGCAGUUCGGCCAGUUCCGGUAGCAGCAGUAGUGGCGGCGGUGCUCCAGGUGCCCCCCAACUUAACGAGACCAACAGCAGCAUUGGCGGAGGUGUAGGUGGUGGUGGUGGUGGCGCCACUGAAGGUGGUCCCGGUUCCACGGCACCCAAUCAUCAGCAACAUAUUGCCGAAGGUCUGCCAUCGCCACCGAUUACAGUUUCUGGUUCGGAGAUCUCAAGUCCCGGAGCUCCAACUUCUGCUUCGUCGCCGCAUCAUCAUUUGGCCCACCAUCUGAGUGCCGUCGCUGGCAACAACAAUAAUAGUCCAUCUACCCAUAACAACAACAAUAAUAAUUCGGUGAACAACAACAACAACAGGACGUCGCCAUCGAAGCCACAAUACUAUGAGUGGAUGAAGAAGCCCGCCUAUCCAGCGCAACCGCAGCCAGGAAAAACCCGCACCAAGGACAAGUACCGAGUGGUUUACACCGACUUCCAGCGCCUGGAAUUGGAGAAGGAGUACUGCACAUCCCGUUACAUCACCAUCCGGCGCAAGAGCGAGUUGGCCCAGACGCUAGCAUUGUCGGAGCGUCAGGUUAAGAUCUGGUUCCAGAACCGCCGAGCCAAGGAGCGGAAACAGAACAAAAAGGGCAGCGAUCCGAAUGUGAUGGGAGUGGGAGUGCAGCAUGCGGAUUACAGUCAACUUUUGGAUGCUAAAGCGAAACUGGAGCCGGGUCUGCACUUGCCACAUUCGCUGGCCCAUUCGAUGAAUCCGAUGGCGGCGAUGAAUAUACCAGCAAUGCGUCUCCAUCCCCACCUGGCUGCCCAUAGUCACUCUUUGGCGGCAGCGGCGGCACAUUCACAUCAGCUGCAGCAGCAGCACAGUGCACAAAUGUCCGCUGCGGCGGCAGUGGGAACACUCUCGAUGUGACACGAUCAUUCCUGUUAUACGAACAACAGCGAUAAUAACAGUUACAUGGAGCCGCAGCAGCAUUCGCUGCUGGGUGGGAGCGAAAGGGGCGAAGGAUGCGAUGGAUCCUAUAGUGCACCAGCUCUCGCAAUGGACUUGGCUUAACCCUUAGGUCGCGCAGUCAGACUGUUUCGACCAAAUCAACCAGAAAAUAAGCACCCAAUAAAAUGGAGGAGGACUUGGCGGCCGUUGGCACCUUGAAUAUUGCACGUUGUUAAUUUUUGUGAUUGUAUAUUCCUGGUUUUAACACACGUCAAUGUCCUCUUAGAUAAACAAGUACCAAUAUUCUUGUAUUAUGUUUGUUUUUUGUUCAACGUAUGUAAUUUAAAGUAAAUGUUUAGCUUUGUAAGUUGUAGUUUUUAAGUUGCCCAUGAAAAACAAAAACAAUUCAAACCAGCCGUCCCAGCAUAAACUUUAUAAACAAUUCUUCGCAGCAACUUAACAUAAUUUUAGUACAAGCAAUUAAUUUUAAAACGCAACUUGAUAAUUCAGCCCGAUGUAAAUAUCCAUAUAAAAAAAGAGAGUUUUAACGUUUAUUACUUUUAUAUAUCGUAAUAACAAUUAGCCGUAAUUUAAUCUAGCUGUACUAAAUGUAAAAUGUAUUGCAUUUUUCGAGCACAAAAGCAAAAUUACCAUUUAAAUAAAUAAUUUUAACGUAUACAACCACAA